AUCAUCGAAGAGGCGUCUCGCGAGUCGUCCCGCGACAUCUACGCUGCCAACAUGUACGAUGAACAGGGCUUCCUCAGUGAAGACCAUGAGGAUAUCUACGAUCUCAACGAGUUCGAGAUGAUGAACUCCAAUGUCGGACCCCACGGCCAGGAGAAUGGAGCCCUCACCCACGACACGGUCUUGUACGGCAACUGGGAGCAAGACAACAACUUGCACGAGUUCAACCGUUCUUCGAGCCCGGAGACCGUCGUUUUUGACCAUGCCCGCUAUGCCGGAGUCAACCUCUGGGAAGUGAGCAUCAGCACCGAUUCGGAGUCGUACUCGCGUUCGGUCCAUGAAGGUAUCAAGUGCUCCACCAUCAAGAUCGAAGGCAUCUCCACGACCAAGGACUGGUCCAUCUUCCAGAGCGAGCUGGUCGACUACGGUACCGAUGAGCCCAGCCCUCAGCUCCCUGUCUGCUCGGCUGGCCACCCUUUCGCGAAGGAGUGGUUCAUGACAGACUCCAUGAUGAAGGCCUACGAUGCUGUUCGGGGCUCCAUGAGGGAUGCGAACGACCCGCUGCGAUCUUGGAUGGAGGUCAAGGCUUUCGAGUCUGCUCUUAGAGCGAAGAGGGAUGCUGCCAAGAUUUCGAUUGACGGCCCUUCUUGCCAGCAUGACGAGGAGCCCGACGUCAAGGGAAGAGGAAGAGCUGCCCAUGGCGGUGAAUUCGCUCGCAGCGAGCACGGUGAGAAGCGCGAGGGUAAGGGAAAGGAGAGGGCUGUAGACGGUGGCGGCUUCGCACGCGGCGAACCCCAGAAGAUGCUCGAUGACACCCAUCUGUUGUCUGCCGAGUACGCCCCGGAUACUGCGGACAGGAAGGGAGCCUACAAUGUCCCUCGUCCCAAAUAUCUCCACAUCGCGCCCGAUUUCGAAGAUUUCAGAUUCGAGGAUUACCUCCCUCCGGUCACCGAGGCCCCUGAGUCCUCUUUCAAGGGGCUGCUCCCCUACAAGCUGCCUUACGAUCCGGGGCGCAACUUUGUCGAGGACUACGGUAUCUCGGACGACGAGGGUGAUCCCGAGACUGGAAGAAUUUCCCCUUGUACUUUCCGCCUUCUGGCCGAGGGAUGUGCUGAGCAGAACACUGAUGGAAGAGUCUUCAUGGCUGAGGAUGCUCAACGUAUGCGUCCCGAGACUUCCAUGGACGAUGGCUCUCCCAGAGAGAAAGCCCCUGACCGUCUCCUCAUGGAGUUCGAGACCCAGAGAGACAUCAACGACAAUGGCUAUCUCACGCCCUGCUACUCUCUUGACUCCGAACCUUCCAUCAUCUACCUGCCUGCUGGCGUGACCUUCCAGCACAAGAUGCGGAACUGGUGGUUCGGUCUCUUCGACCGCAUGAACCCCGAAGUCGCACGUAACUUCCGCAAGAUUGAGUAUCAUGAACAAGGCGACCCCCCAAUCGCGCCUCCAGAAGCUGUCACCGAGGAUUCGACCACGACUGCCGAGCCCGGCGACCCCUGGGCUCAGCACUACACCCACUCCGAUAUCGAGACGAUCCUCAACACCCCCGGCGCCCGCAAGGUUGCCGGCGUCGAGGCGGCGAACGCGGCCGAACUCAUCACGCAGCGCCAGAAGACCAUCCUCCGCUGGAAAACCCGAGACGAGGAAGUCACCCGCGAAAACGCCGUCCUGCGCAUCGACGUCGGUCGAGCCCAGAAGGAGCUCCGCGAGAUGCGCCUCUCCGUCGACCACGAACGCGCCGAGCAGGAGAGAAAGGCGGCUGAGGAGCUCGCCAAGCGCCAGAAGCAUGAAAAGCGGGUGCUGCGCCGUGUGUCGGCGCACUUGCACGACUUGCGGUACGAGGUUCAGGCCAAAUUCCACUCCCUCAAGGACGCCGAGGAUGAGAAUGAGAAGAUGAAGAAGGAGUUGGUUCAUUGCAAGACCCGGAUAAAGGAGGAGUGCUUCAGAGCCAACUUGUCGAGCCCCGAUGAGGUUCGCCGGGCUGUCUCGCAGAACUUCCGGGACAAGAUGGCGGCCUUGGACCUUGCUGGUUGA